AUGAUAUACGCUCGGGUGCAAGUUGCAUCGCUGCUAGACGGUAGUGGGAAGCCACAUUCUGGCUACCAUCCCACCACUGAAUCCGAGAGGUCCAUCUUGAUCAAGGGCCGGCUGAGUGUAUUGGACGAUUCGGUCAAAAUUCAAGCAUUUGACACCGUGCGGUUGAGUUUCAGAGGAGUCAUUGCCUCAUGCAUUGGAAAGAAGAGCAUGUUGGAGGAUGUCAUCACGUUGACCGACAUCAAGACCAUUAAUGAUUUCCGCACCAACAGCAACCAUGAUCAGACUGAUGCGCCCAAAGCACGCCAUCUCGAAUUCUUCUUUCAUGUGCCGACGACAAUAACCAGCGCAAGUGGUCAACGUCGUGUAAUUCCUUUGACGACCACUGUCUCUGGGAACACGAAUGUGACAAAUCAUACAGCGUUGAAUGAUCGCCAGUUAAUCAAAGGCAAUGUUGAGGUUUCGUAUUGGAUCGAAGCCCAGUUUCGUCAGGCAGGCCGAGAAGUGGGCCAUCUUCACGAGACAGUCCAGCUGAGAUACCAGCACCGACGGCUCUGCGCAAGUCUAACGAACGGAUCCCCCUUGACAAUGCGAGCAAAACACGGUCUUUUCAGCAGAUACAAAUUGCAAAAAGCCCCUGCACUCAACGUGUCGAUCGAUGAGGCAGACAUAGUCCUGGAGCGUGGGCCAGACGCUGGGCAAUGUCGAAUCACGAUUCCGUUGGCGGUGACAAUGGAGGGAGACUUGGCUCCAUCACUCGAUGCACGACAAUCGUUGAAAUGUGGCGUCGAAGCCAAAUGGGAGAUCCACAAUCGAUUCUCAACGGCGACAAGACGGCCACUGGGUGGAGUGCGACCGACGGCAGGCGAGAUUAUAUAUAAGACAACGACAGCCUCGACGCAUAAGGCUGACAUUCUGUUUCGACCACUUCCACGUUACGAAUCACGAUCCCCCUCCGCCAACACCAAUACCAACUCAUACGCGGCCGCUGCGCAGCUCGACAUAGACGUCCCAGACUCCAUCACCCAGCCUUCAACCCGAUGGGAACACUAUUCAAGGACAUACUCACUCGAUCUAUCCCUUUCUUUCAAUGGCAUCCAAGGCGCCCCCAGAUACACCGUGCGGAGCUCAGUGCCCAUUACAAUUUCAGCAUUGACAAGGACAUGUGACAUAAACAAGGAUGGAGUGGUGGUGAAUAUGAUCGAGACUGUCUCAGACGAGUCAAUUCAAGAAGAACUAGACGCUUUAAUGCUAGAUGGAGCAACCACGACACCAGGUGUGGAAAGACGAAUGGUAACCCCAACCCGUACACCGCCACCGACCUAUUUUCGCUGAAGACCCAAUGAAGCUUACGCCAACCGACACGAUUAAAUCAUUCCCAACACGUCAAGAAGAAACAAACACCUCGAAAGAAGCACUCUUACCGGCAUCUCUGUUCCC